GACAGCACCGUGUGCCUUGGAAUGGACUGCUGAAUUGGGAUUUACUGCAGACUCAACUGUACAGCGCUGCUCAUUGCUUCAUCUAUUACCAGUUAUUUAAAUUGGACUUUUAAUAUCCUGCCAGCUGCUGUCCACACACACAUGGUGCAUUGUUGCCAUUCUCAGAAUUGCAUCUUUGAAACCCAGGCCCUCAGUAACCUUCACAGAAGAAAGAGGCGACCUCCUGCGUACAUUUGUAGAGGGAGUUUUUGGCCCUGCUGCCCUCUGGCUUUCUGGCUGCUGCUGUAUUCCUGAGACACUAUGGAGCCCACUAUGGAGUACUGCUUAGCGCAGGUGCUGCAGAAGGAUGUUGGAAAAAGACUUCAGGUUGGCCAGGAAUUGAUAGAUUAUUUCUCAGAUAAACAGAAGUCAGCUGAUCUUGAACAUGAUCAGACUAUGCUGGAUAAAAUGGUUGAUGGACUGGCCACUUCUUGGGUAAAUUCCAGCAAUUACAAGGUGGUUCUCCUGGGGAUUGACAUCAUCUCUGCGCUGGUGUCCCGCUUGCAAGAUCGCUUCAAGGCCCAGAUUGGCACAGUGCUGCCAAGUUUACUUGAUAGGCUGGGAGAUUCUAAGGACUCAGUGAGGGAGCAAGAUCAGACCUUGCUGCUGAAAAUCAUGGAACAAGCUGCUAACCCUCAGUACGUGUGGGACAGGAUGCUAGGAGGAUUCAAACACAAGAAUUUUCGGACAAGGGAAGGGAUUUGCCUCUGCCUUAUUGCAACACUCAAUGCAUCUGGAGCUCAGAGUUUAACACUGAGUAAGAUAGUGCCACAUAUAUGUAACUUACUUGGAGAUCCAAACAGCCAGGUUCGAGAUGCAGCAAUAAACAGCCUUGUGGAAAUUUACAGACAUGUUGGUGAACGUGUAAGGGCUGAUCUCAGUAAAAAAGGAUUGCCCCAGUCUCGGUUGAAUGUAAUUUUUACAAAAUUCGACGAGGUCCAAAAAUCUGGAAACAUGGUCCAGACUUCAGUUGAUAAAAUUUUUGAUGAUGAAGACUCCGUGGAUGGGAACAGACCUUCCUCAGCCAGCUCCUCUACAUCUUCAAAGGCCCCUGCAAACUCGCGCAGAGUCGGGAUGGGCACUACCCGCAGGCUUGGCUCUGCGCCCCUGGGCACCAAGUCUUCAACAGCCAAAGAGGGAGCAGGUGCUGUGGAUGAAGAAGACUUCAUUAAGGCAUUUGAAGAUGUCCCAACAGUCCAGAUUUAUUCCAGCCGGGAUCUUGAGGAAUCCAUAAACAAGAUCAGAGAGAUACUAUCAGAUGAUAAACAUGACUGGGAACAGAGAGUUUCUGCGUUGAAAAAGAUCCGCUCCUUACUUUUGGCUGGAGCUGCAGAAUAUGAUAACUUCUUCCAACACUUAAGACUUUUGGAUGGAGCAUUUAAAUUAUCUGCUAAAGACCUGCGGUCUCAAGUUGUACGAGAGGCUUGUAUCACCUUGGGACAUUUGUCAUCAGUUCUGGGAAACAAGUUUGACCAUGGGGCAGAAGCCAUCAUGCCAACAAUUUUUAAUCUAAUUCCAAAUAGUGCCAAAGUCAUGGCCACUUCUGGUGUUGUAGCAGUUAGAUUAAUCAUUCGACACACGCACAUCCCUCGGUUAAUACCCAUCAUAACCAGUAAUUGUACCUCCAAGUCUGUUGCAGUUAGAAGGCGCUGCUUUGAAUUUUUAGACUUGCUGUUGCAGGAGUGGCAAACACACUCCUUAGAAAGACACAUAUCAGUGUUGGCUGAAACAAUAAAGAAGGGAAUUCAUGAUGCAGACUCUGAAGCCAGGAUAGAGGCAAGAAAGUGCUACUGGGGUUUCCACAGUCACUUCAGCCGAGAGGCAGAGCAUUUGUACCACACCUUGGAGUCUUCCUACCAGAAGGCCCUGCAGUCCCACUUGAAGAACUCUGACAGCAUCGUGUCCCUGCCACAGUCGGAUCGCUCCUCCUCCAGCUCCCAGGAGAGUCUCAACCGUCCACUGUCUGCCAAAAGAAGUCCUACUGGAAGUACAACAUCCAGAGCAUCUACAGUAAGUACAAAAUCUGUGUCAACACCAGGAUCUCUGCAACGAUCCCGCAGUGACGUCGAUGUGAAUGCAGCAGCUAGUGCCAAGUCAAAAGUGACGUCUUCUGGAGCAUCCACCCCCUUCAGUUCUGCUGCAGCCUUGCCCCCAGGGUCAUACGCAUCACUAGGCCGGAUUCGCACCAGGAGGCAGAGCUCUGGCAGUGCCACCAGUGUCACCUCCACGCCUGCCGAUACCCGAGGCCGCAGCCGGGCUAAAGUGGUUUCCCAGUCCCAACGAUCCAGAUCAGCUAAUCCUGCUGGUGCUGGCAGCCGGUCUAGUUCUCCGGGUAAGCUCUUAGGAAGCUCCUAUGGUGGCCUGAGCAGCGGAACAUCCAGAGUCCAGCCAGUGCCAUCCUCCUCAGAGAAGCGCAGCAAGAUUCCUCGGAGCCAGGGAUGCAGUCGGGAGACGAGUCCCAACAGAAUAGGCCUAGCACGGAGCAGUCGCAUCCCCCGACCCAGCAUGAGUCAGGGGUGCAGUCGUGAUACCAGCCGUGAGAGCAGUCGAGAUACAAGCCCUGCUCGGGGCUUCCCUCCACUUGCUUCUCGACGUCAUUCCAGGUCCACUAGUGCUCUCUCCACUGCUGAUUCUGUUGGGCAGUCAGACCGGUUUGGGCUCGGACAGCCAGGCAGGAUGCCUGCUUCUGUGAAUGCCAUGCGAGUCCUGAGCACCAGCACAGAUCUGGAGGCUGCUGUGGCCGAUGCACUGCUGUUAGGAGACUCCAGGAGCAAGAAAAAGCCGGUGAGAAGGAGGUAUGAGCCCUACGGGAUGUACUCCGAUGACGAUGCCAACAGCGACGCUUCCAGCGCUUGCUCGGAGCGCUCCUACGGCUCCAGGAAUGGGGGCAUUCCGCACUACCUGCGCCAGACUGAAGAUGUGGCUGAGGUCCUGAACCACUGCGCCAGCUCCAACUGGUCUGAAAGGAAAGAAGGGCUCAUAGGUCUUCAGAAUUUGCUGAAAAGCCAACGGACACUGAGCCGAGUCGAGUUAAAAAGGCUGUGUGAAAUAUUUACUCGCAUGUUUGCUGACCCUCACAGCAAGAGAGUCUUCAGUAUGUUUCUGGAAACCCUGGUUGAUUUCAUCAUCAUUCAUAAAGACGACUUGCAGGAUUGGCUUUUUGUUCUCCUGACCCAGUUGCUAAAGAAAAUGGGAGCAGAUUUGUUGGGGUCUGUGCAGGCAAAAGUUCAAAAAGCUCUGGAUGUCACCAGGGAUUCUUUUCCAUUUGAUCAACAGUUUAACAUUUUGAUGAGGUUUAUUGUAGAUCAGACCCAGACACCAAACCUGAAGGUCAAAGUUGCUAUCCUGAAGUAUAUUGAGUCCUUGGCAAGACAGAUGGAUCCAACAGACUUUGUGAAUUCCAGUGAGACAAGACUUGCUGUAUCUAGAAUUAUAACUUGGACUACAGAACCAAAGAGCUCAGAUGUGAGAAAGACGAUGCAUAGUUGGGUGGGUGAGGAUUUGCCAGCUAGGACAACUACAGCCUCCUCAGGGCCUGGUGAAGGAAACUUGGAAGAGAAAUGUAAACAGGCAGCACAAAUAGUCCUGAUUUCUCUCUUUGAACUGAACACCCCUGAGUUUACCAUGUUACUUGGUGCCUUGCCAAAAACAUUCCAGGAUGGUGCUACCAAGCUCCUGCACAACCACCUCAAGAACUCCAGUAACACCAGUGUGGGCUCCCCCAGCAAUACCCUUGGUCGGACUCCUUCCCGGCACUCCAGCAGCAGAACCAGCCCCUUAACUUCACCUACCAACUGUUCUCAUGGUGGACUGUCUCCAAGUCGGCUCUGGGGUUGGAGUGCAGAUGGGCUGUCGAAGCACCCCCCUCCCCUUUCUCAGCCUAACUCCAUCCCCACUGCUCCUUCCCACAAGACUUUCAGACGCUCUUACUCUCCCAGUAUGCUGGAUUAUGACACGGAGAACCUAAACUCUGAUGAAAUCUACAGCUCUCUUCGUGGAGUCACAGAAGCAAUUGAGAAAUUUAGUUUCCGUAGUCAAGAGGACCUGAAUGAGCCAAUCAAACGUGAUGGAAAGAAGGACUGUGACAUUGUGUCUCGGGAUGGUGGCCUUGCUCUCCCUAGUGGCGAUGUCCGUGGAGGCAGUGACAUGGUGGAGGGCGGAAGGAUGGCUCUGGAUAACAAAACCUCCCUGCUGAACACGCAGCCUCCCCGCGCCUUCUCAGGGCCGCGCGCUCGGGAGUACAACCCCUAUCCUUACGCUGACACCAUCAACACGUACGACAAGACGGCCCUGAAGGAAGCAGUGUUCGACGACGACAUGGAUCAGCUUCGGGAUGAAGUACCCAUUGACCAUUCGGAUUUGGUGGCUGAUCUUCUGAAAGAGCUCUCCAACCACAACGAGCGGGUGGAGGAGCGGAAAGCAGCUCUCCUGGAAUUGCUAAAGAUCACAAGAGAAGAUAAUCUUGGAGUUUGGGAGGAGCAUUUCAAAACCAUUCUGCUCUUGCUGCUGGAAACGCUUGGAGACAAAGAUCAUUCAAUCAGAGCCCUGGCGCUGCGAGUCCUGCGGGAGAUCCUGCGGAACCAGCCGGCGAGGUUUAAGAACUAUGCAGAGUUGACUAUCAUGAAAACACUGGAAGCACAUAAGGAUUCCCACAAGGAGGUCGUCAGAGCUGCUGAAGAAGCUGCUUCCACCCUGGCGAGUUCCAUCCACCCUGAGCAGUGCAUCAAGGUGCUUUGCCCCAUCAUUCAGACUGCAGAUUAUCCAAUUAAUUUAGCUGCCAUCAAAAUGCAAACGAAAGUCAUCGAGAGGAUUUCCAAGGAAUCGUUGCAUCAGCUGCUACCUGAUAUCAUUCCUGGGUUGUUACAGGGUUAUGAUAACACGGAGAGCAGUGUCAGAAAAGCCAGUGUAUUUUGCUUAGUGGCUAUUUAUUCAGUAAUUGGAGAAGAACUGAAACCUCAUCUCGCACAACUCACAGGAAGCAAGAUGAAGCUACUAAACUUGUAUAUAAAGAGGGCACAGACCACCAACAGCAACAGCAGCUCCUCUUCAGAUGUUUCAACGCACAGUUAAUGGAGAUCUGUGGACAUAUGUGUAGACUUAGCAGCAAUCAACGGUGCCUCUCAGAGACCUUUCUGCUACUCUUCACUGGCGUGCUCCAUCAGCUUAAGGAGGCCAUGCAGAUAUUUAUUGCAAUCAGUAUUUUAGUCCCUUAAAAGCUUUUAUGUAGAAUCUUACUGGUAUUGAAUGUAAAGGAAGCAAGGUCUGUGUCGCAGUCUUCAUUAAAGUGAACAUCAGAAAGCCAUACUUAAACAUAUUUGUAUAGCCUGCUGAAAUCUCAGAAAUAUGUUUAGGUUAGCAUUCUAACACUGAGUCCAAGAACCUGGACACAAGUAAAAGUCAAACAAAUCGUGUUGGUUUAGUUCAUACCCAGUUUUGGUUUCUGUGUGCUAGUUACCUGCUCUCUCCCCUCACCCAUUCUGGCUGGGUCCUUCUCUUCUUUCAAGUCUUGUGUUCCUGUUCUGUACUCCCUGUUGCAGCUUGCCUGACUUGCAGGGCCCUCCAUGGGGAGAUCUUUGCAGGUGUAGCUGUGAUUCCAGCCUCAGAUGCUUUAAUACUGAGAGAUACCAAGUGAGUAAUGAAAGUAGGUUCUUUUUAAACAUCUGAGUUUUGUACAUAGUUCUGACAGGCCCCGGAUGGGCUGAUCUCUCUGUAACUGCUAUCCAGCCAGAUGUGCUGUGCAUAACAGCUGGGCUCUUGCUCUUUUCAUUGACUUUGUAAAUACUUCUCCCCUCUCAACCCAUUUGGCUCUUUAAUAUGUUCAAAAGACUCCCCAGGUUACCUGUUACUCCCCAAAGGGAACCUGAGACCCAGUUCUGGGACCGACCUCUGCAAUAGGAUAGUGGAGUUAGGUGGGGGGGAUUGGGUUAGGCUCUGAGUGUGUCAGUGGGUGGGCAGUGGGAGCUGGCAGAGCUGUGCUUCAGUGCCAGCUGUUUUCUUUGAAAUCUGUAGCAUCAAAGGGCUGAUCUGCUGCUCUGACUGACCCACUGAUGCUGGAUGGCUUUGUCCCCACAGCUCCUUUGCACUUUGGGCAAAAUGUUCAUCCCAGAGGACAGAAAGGGUGUCUGAAUCUGAACAGAAAUACCACAUGGAAGCACCUCUGAGCCAGCUGGGACAGUGCUGGUUGCCUGCCACAGCCCCUCCUGUUCCUGAAGAGCCUGCAGUGCUGUUAACUGCCCUUAGAAACCUCCUUUGUGCCAUGUCCAUGCACAGGCUUGCUGAGUGCUCUGCAUUUCAGAAGAGUGGGGGUCCCUCACCGGGCACUGCUGACAGCAGGGUGCUCUAGGUGAGGUGUUUGCAGCCUAAUGACACAGACCAGGUCAGAGGCAAACCAGCAGCCAUCAAAUACCUCACAGCACUGCCCCUCCCUGAACACAGACCCUUCCGUUUGCAGAGGGGGAGCUCCCCCUGGCUCUGCCUGUAACCAGGGAAGGCAGGAGGUUGCUAAUUAACGUGCUGUGUUUGGCCCUGGGCUGGAUCCUGGCUGAUGGGCCUGCCCACCCCAAACCUGCCAUGGAUCACAGCUGGGGUUUUGCCUCCAGUGCCAGUGAUGCAAGAGGAUGAUGGAUUUGCAGCUUAUGGCUCAGCUGUGGUGAUGGAUGUGUGUUCCCUGGCUGCUCUCAGUGCCCUGGAGUCUCUCCAUCUUCAUCUCCUCUUUAGGGAGCUGAAGGGACACCUUGGGAACAUACUGAGAACAUGAGACUCCAUUGCUGCAGCAGGGCAGGGUACAGCCCCUUCCAUCAAUUAUCCCUCUGUGUUUCAACCCCAUCCCUGAGGAGUUAAGUGGGAGCUGACACUUGCUGCCAGCUUUUCUCCCAGUUCUCUUCUCAGGAGGGGUUGGGGCUGGUGGGGCUGUGUCACUGGGCUGCAGAGCUUGUUGGUCCCUUUCCCUGCUCACCUGAGAGCAGGGGAGUGGCCUGCUCCUGGUACACAUGUGCAGGUUUUGCUGGCUGCAGGGCUAAUUCCCUCAUCUUUCCCAACCAGCAAUGCUAUGGCAGGAAAAACCAUGUGCUUUCCUGGGGUGGGGGAUUCCCCCAGGGUCUUUCUGCAGGCUCAAAAAAGCCAUCCUCACUGAAGGGGGGGAUUGGUUGCUCUGUGGUUCGUGUCUGCCGUUCCAUGGACCAUUUCUUUUCCACAUCUUUCUGUAUGCUUGUUAGAGUGCUAUUUUUAAUUUUUUUGAAUGCUUCAAAUUUGAUUUUAACACAAAUUUAUUUUUCCUUUUGAGGAAAUACUCAGUUGACUUGUUGGCAGCAGUUAAGCUGUCUUGUUUGAAUUUUUAGUAGUGGGCUAGGUUUUUUGGGGGGGUGUUGGUUUUUUGUUUUGGGUUUUGUUUUUUUUUUAAUUGUUAACUGCUUAGUAUUUAUGCCUCUCUUUCUCGCCGUCUCAGCUCAGCAUCUUCUGUUCCAGCUCUGGGCUUCAGAAGGUCAGCAUAGCUGACCAGGUGGUGUUAGUCCCUCCCAGCUGUGAUGGAGCUUGGUCUAUCAUCAUUUGCUGAUUGUUGGUUUUGAUUUUUUUCCUUUCCAUUGAAUGGCACACUGUAGCAAAUCUCCAGGAAUGGAAUUCCUUCUGAAAUGAUUUGACCUGCUUUAUGGAACGCUGUUGGUAUGCACUGAGAGUGAAGGCGCUGUGCCAUCCCUGGCGCCGCAGUCGGGUCCAGGCUGGCCCUUGAGAAGGUGCCCAGGCCAGGCUGUGCUUCCCGAGGCACCACAGGGGCUGCAGGGGGAACCAGGCCUUACUUCCUGACCCAGAUUCAGUUCUGUUCGUCAACAGAUGCUCAUCAAUGUGCUACUUGAUUCCACGGCGUGGGUCGAGGACUGUCCAUCCUUUGAGUACUCCAGGGCGUGUUCUCCCUGUACACAGCAGGAGCAUUCUGCUUGGGUAUUUAUAAAUCAUCACUGACAAUGUACAUAGUAGGGGUCUUUAGAACGUUGAACGUGACCCAGUUUUUAUUUUGUGUUUCCUUUGAAGUACUCAAAGGGCUAGCUCUGAAUGUCACCUCUCUGAUCUCCAGUUUUGACUUCAACAAGCUGUACAAUCAUCUUGUUUUCUCUUCAGCAAGCAUAAAGGUCUCUCUGGCUACAAAUCACAGUGUCCACGCACGCUUGCAGAGGAAGGUCUGCAUGCUGCAGUGCCUCACUGCUCUGGUGAAGCUUGUGCUCACCUUCUCCUGGCAGUAGCCACCUACUGCAGCUGCCUUUUUUUUUCUUGCUGCCCAUUAUGCAGGGCUUCAAUUUUUCGUACCUUUAAAAAAAAAGGAAAAAUAAAAAAAGGGGAAAAAAAAAAAAGAAAAAAAAAAAGUGUAUUUUCUUUGCCCACCAUGCUUUAAAAAUCUGAAUGGGAGAAAACUCUCAGCAGACAGCAGCUCUUGGCUGCAAGGUUGCCGAAAUCUCAGAUGUGGAUGUUUUUUCUGCCAUUGGCUGCACCAGUGCUCCGUGGGCAUGGGCAAAUCCCGGCUCCAUCUGCCCCACAGGUCUACGUACUGUAGUUCUCAUGUAGUUCAGAAAUACCGAGGCAUGUGGCUUUCUUAAGGUACACUAUGUGUGCUUGCCUGGAUUACAAUACAAUACAAGACUGUCUUUUUAAUUGCUUAUUACUAGCUUACCAAUAACCUGUAUAAGUAAUGUAACUUGCAUCUUUGUCAUCAGAACCUUUUCUCCCCACCCCUUUAUUUAUCAAGCAUAAUAUUACAUAUUAAGGGACAGAAAAAUAGACCUUUGUAGUACACAGCAGGACGUUGCUAACAAUGUUUUAAAUGGGAAGUAAAAAAUGCUCUGAAAAAUGCCAGCCAUGAGAAAUGACUUUGUUGGCACCGUGUUCAUGCGCAUGUAUUUUUUUCUAUUUUUUCCGCUUUUGUCAUGUUACAUCCAUAUCUGUAUUUAUAUCUUAUUUGUUUCACUUUUGAGUGUAUCAUGGCAAUUGUACAGAUGUUUUUUGUUAACAUUUACGUGAUAGACUUUGCUAAAAAAAAAAAAUUAAAAUAAAACCUUUUGAGUUUGCCCUAGAA